AUGGCGAGCGGAUUCGGCGCGCGCGGGAGCGAGGGGCGGUGCGCCCCGCUCUGGCGGGAGUUCGCGCGCUGCGUGAACGACGCGGACGAUCGAAGCGCGUGUUUCAAGUUCCGGGAGGAUUACGUCGAGUGUUUGCAUCACAGGAAGGAGUACACGCGAGAGAACGCGGUGGCGGCGGAGCGGCGGAGGCGAAACGAUGAGACGUUGGAGGGCUUGGUGCACGAGAUGCGCACGAUGUCGUGGGUGAAAGAUCCGAAGUACGCGCCGAAGGAGUGA